UUUUAAGGGAAUUAGCAAAUAAAGAAAAUAAAAUUUAUUUAAAACAAUUGACAGAAAAAUUUAAAUAUUUAAUAGAAAAUAUGAAUAUCUUUAUAGAAAUAAAAGGAAAUUAUGAGAAGAUUGAGCAAUUUAAAAAUAUUAGUUAUCUGUUUGUUGGCUAUUGUUUGGUUAAACAAUUUAUUAUUUUCUUUAAUGAUGAAGGAAAACCGAAAAUAAGAAUUUUUAAAGGAAAUCAGUCAUUUAUGUUUGAACAUGCAGCUCUAAUUGGAAAUAUUUUGGGCAAAAGAAGUGUGGAUAUUGAGUAA